GAUGAGACAUGGUACAUCCUUUCUUCUUGCAUAGGCUCUUUCUUUGCCCCCUGCCUCAUCAUGGUGUUGGUCUAUAUCCGCAUCUACCGCGUGGCCAAGCUAAGGACCAGGACCCUCUCUGAGAAGCGUACGAUGCCAGAGGGGUCCUCCCAGACUGAGAAUGGCUUGAGCCGCGCUGCUGGCGGCUGCACGUCCAUGAGGAUGCAGUUGGGAGAGAAUGGACAUUAUUCAGUUCACCACUGGCGCAAAGCCUCUGAGCUGGAGGACAUUGAGCUGGAGGAGAGCAGCACCUCAGAAAGCAGGCGGAGGCGGAGCCGGGAGGAGCAUCCCCGCAAGAGCAGCAAGAGCCAGUCCUUCUCCUACUCAUACUCCUCCAAGCACUCCAGUAGCCGCCUGUCCCGCGCCAGCAAUCGCUCCAUGCAGUUCUUCUCAUAUCGCCGUCGCCGGAAGCGUAGCAGCAUCUGCCGUAAGAAAGUUGCCCAGGCCCGGGAGAAGCGCUUCACUUUUGUGUUGGCUGUGGUCAUGGGGGUCUUUGUAGUUUGCUGGUUCCCAUUCUUCUUCAGCUACAGCCUCUAUGGUAUUUGCCGGGAGGCAUGUGAGGUCCCUGAGACUCUCUUCAAGUUCUUCUUCUGGAUUGGGUAUUGCAAUAGCUCCCUCAACCCAGUCAUCUACACCAUCUUCAAUCAGGACUUCCGCAGGUCCUUUAAACACAUUCUUUUUAAGAAGAAGAAGAAGAACUUCCGGCACUGAGCUGGAGGGAUGGAUUUGCCUCGAGAAGGAAUAGAGUUAAAAGAGAAGGAGAAGGCUCUAUGCUGGAGAAGAAGGGAGGGAAGAGAACAUGGGGUUUGGGCUUAGAGAGAGGGAAGAGGGCUGGCCCCCUUGGUGGAGCAGGGUGACGCUGUGGGUUAGAGGGAUGGUGUUGGGGAGGCUGAGGGCAUUCACUGUGGUACAGAAGGGCAGCAUGGUGCUGGAGGAGCAGUGCUGGAGUUUGGAUGGGUAAAUGGGGAGGGGAGCGAUUGUCUUUGAGCCCUGAUGGAGGGCAUGGGGAGCCUGCAGAGGAAAAUAGGCUAAGAUACUGAGUCUGGGAGGCAGUGAGCUUUUGUGGGCUCUGGAGUUUUGUGGAAAAACAAAGACAGACUUCAAGAGGAAAGGGUUAAGUGGCAGUGAUGGUGGAGAUUUCAGUAUUUAUAAAUAGAGCAGUUUGGGCCUAUGGUGGAUUUGUCCCAGUAAGAAAUUGGCUUUCACUGCUUGUGUGGGGAAGGAAAGUGCAAAGUACCAGACACUGACAGUGUUUUGAGUUAUGAAAGGAUUUAAAUGUUUGCCAAAAAACCCUAAAGAACAAUCCAAACUCUUUUCUAAAUAAACCUUUGUACUGUUAAAACCUUCUGAAUCAUGAUUUUGCACGAGGGAUGAAGUCAAACAGAAAGCAUGGGGUUUUCUUUUCCUUUGGAGAGGUCUUGUCUAUAGAGCUGGAUGGGAAACAUUUUUCCUCUCUUUCUGUAGUUUUUGAUUAGUCAGUGGGACAAACCUAGGAGUCUUGCAUUUUUUCAUGAAAUAUGAAAAAGAGCACAUACACCACAUGACCUCAUUUGCCCCUGAUGGAUCGCCAGGCAGUACUCCAUCCCUCUCAGAUCAGGACCUUGUUGUUCUGGAGCAGAUAGUGAAAAAAAAGUGAUUUUGGUGACUUUGCCUAACAUUUUCUGAGAUAAAAGGAAAAAAGUUUUCACUUGCGUGUGCCCUGGGGAACUUCCCCCCGUCCCCUCCCUCUUUUUCAGUGCCCCUCAAAAGACUAAUCUCAGGGCUGGAUUUGUGCUGCUCUCAUUCUCAGACAGGCAGUUGAAGGCAGUCUGCUAUGCAGAUUUUAGGAGGAAGAGCAAUCACCACACCACUAAGGUCUUUAAAUCCUUCGUAUUUACAGUCUUAGGACAACUAAAUCCUUUAUAUUUAUUUUUUAAUAAGAAGCAUACAUUACAGAUUGUCAGUGUCGUAUGUGAACAAAUCUCAAAAGAAGGUGCAGCUGUUCCAAACCUUUAGUAUUAAUGUUGCUUGCUUUCUCUUCUCUUGUUUACAUUUCUAGUUUAUGAUUUCAGAGGAUUUUGUUGGGAGGAGGGAGGAAGAGGGGAGUAUAGUUUGAAUAGUUAUUAAAGCAAACCAUAUUUCCCAGGGGUUUACAAAAUGUCAUAAACUGCAAUGAAGAGAAUGAGAGGCAGGGACUGGUGUCUGUAUAUUCAUCACUGGAUGCAUAUCAAGUGUAAGACUCAGCUGAGCAUUUACAUCCCUUCCCUAGCUGUGCUGCUGCAAGGUGUGUGUUCUGUUUAUGGGGUAAAUACUGCUCCAUUCUAUGUGUAUCGCUCCUUCCGUUGGCAGCAGGAUUUGGCAUCUGCCUCAAAUGAACCUUUCCAUAGCAAACAGCUCUUUGAAAGAAUGAAAUCGAAUCACAUAUGACAGGCUUCUUAAAACAGCUAAAUUGAAUCUAUACCUGAGAAUCAUUAGAUAUCCCCUUCCUUACUCCCUCCAUUCUCUCUGACAGGUGUCUGUAGCCUCUUUUCUUGAAAUCUCUCUGUCAUAAGGAGAAAUGAUAGAGCAGUCACUUUGUUUCAUCAGUUUUUCAUAAUAAGAAUUUAGUUCACUUAACCCUGGAAGAGGAGAUUGUCAGUGGCUGAAGUUCUGGUGUUCAUUCAACAGACUUAUAUUCAAGUGAGAGUUCUGCUGAAGUAGGUAUUAGAUGAUUGCACCAAAUGCAUUAGAAGUUUGCUUGAUUUCACUAAAGAAACAGCUGAGACAUUUUCAAAGUCCUAAGUGCAUAACUGCCUGGAUACUUUCUUGAAAUAAUGCUCAGAGUGUGAAAAGAUUUGGGCAUAGUUUAAAUAACAAAUGGUUUGGUACAAAUAUGUACCUGAGGCAGAGAAAUGAGAGGAAAAAAUAGCAACAGAGAGGAGGAAAUUACAAGCCAUUUUCUCUUUUGCAAAAUGGAGAAUUCUUUUUAAAGUUACAUCAAGAAGAGCUGAAACAAGCUCGUAUUAUUUGUAGGUAGCGAUGUAGCUAAAAAGUUCAGGUUUGUUUAAUCUGAAGAAACUAUAUAAUCACCAAAGCAACAUAUGGUACCUGGCUACUACCUCUGAGCUCCUUGAUGGCUUCAUUAGAGAUGCCCAUUUCUGCCAAGAUGAAGGUCUGCUUCUGUCACUUACUGCUGGUUUAGAGGGUUUUCCCAGUCUGCAGACUCACAGUGGUUUCACUGUUGCACUGCUUUUGAAAUGAGAUUGUGGCCUGUAAACAGAGUCCUUCCUUUUUUUUUAUUUUCCCUUGUAGAAUUUAGGGAAUCUGGAGGUGAAAUUUAAUUGACAGUCAGAUUUUAAUUGACAUAAAGUAUAAAUGGAAUGACUGAUGUGCCUUAAAAGUAAGUUCUCUGCGAUAAAAAUAUUCUGUGGUCAUUAUAAACAUAAAGGAAAUGAUACUUCUGUUUUUGUUUUGCACUUCCAAAAGUUUAAAAGGGAUUGAUGCAGAUAAUGAAUAUCUAUGUGCAGCAGCAUAUUUGAAAACAGGGCAUUUUCUGUGGUUUUAAUCUCUUUUCUCAACACAAUUUCAAUCUUUCUAAUCUGAUUCAGUGGUUCAAAAGGAUCUUAUUUCUUCUGAGCUAGAUAAAAAGUAAUAUUCAUCAAUAAAGAUGUGCAGUUUACACCCCUUUUAAGUGCAUUUCCCCCUAGAUUAGUGAAUACAGAGGAUUUCUAUAAAAAUUGUUUUUAAUGUAACGACUGAAUAUGCUUCAAGUAAAAUGGGGCUGAUUUAUUUUUUUUAAUUACAGUGUUCUCUUAUUACUUGUAAUAGCUGAAGACUGGAAUUGUUUGUAACAUAUUGUGUGGUGUUAACUUUUCAUAAAAAGUUGUCAGCUCUGCUACUCACACUGUGGUUGUGUUUCAACUGUAAGUUGGCUAAUAGCAUACAUAGGAAAAAAAUAGUCUAUGCAGCUUUUGCUCAAAAAAAAAAGGGAGAAGAUAUUUUAUGUUUUAAAUGCGUCAAGUUGUUUCUUUGAUCACAUCUGAUGAGCUGGCUGAAACACUCUCUACUGUUGCGGAAGAAUGAAAUGUUGCUGUGAAGCCAUAUCGAUUUUAACAAGUACCUCAUCCUUAACUCUUCAUUUGCUCAUUUCACCAUGAAGAAAAUUUUCUGUCAGUCUUAAGUGAGAAGUUAAUGUUUCAUUUUCAAAAACAAUUUUCUGAACAGUGCCAUUGUUGGCUGGGUAUUGAAAUAUCGAACAGUGUCACUUAGCUGGGAUGGGAACUCAGUGCUGCUGUCCUUCAGCUGCCUCUGUGGGAGUUUUGCGUGAGUGAGAAACGCAGAAUUAGCCUCUUCAAGGCUUGAGGCAGAUGGAAGGGGCCUCAUAUAUAGGAGAUUUGACAGGAUCACAGUUUUAAAUCAGCGUCUGAAUUAAGAAGCAGGCCCUUGUUGUUCUGUGUGAUCUCUGUUCAUAAGAAUCAUGUUGCUGCAAGAGGACUGGAGAUUUCUGAGAAGCCGAUCUGAAGUGAAAGACUAAAUACAGCUUUGCCCAGAUUGGCCUGUAUUAUCCUUUGUGAGUAAUCCCAGGAAACUUCAGUUUACUUGUGAAUGAAGAAACUACUCAGUGUGGGCAAGGACUUUAGGAGCUUCCGUAGACACUGCCUCUUUUUUAGUAACUGUGCCUGAGGAAUUUAAGCAAACAUUUGUGCGUAAAUGUAGGAGAACAGAAGGAAUACAAUCCUCUCCGCUUAACUUUUUCUACUGUUCAAACCCAUAGAAGAUGUGGAUUAAGGUAUUUCUGACUAUAUAACCAGAGGAACAAACCCUAUUGUAUAUUUUUAGUAUAAGCUGUGUGAAGAGCAUUACCUGCUUGCAUCUGUCUUUCAGAGAAGAAAACUGUUGGUCUGUGGAAGUUGGCAUUGGUUAGAACAGCAGCUGAGAAGUGUAAGGAUUUUGCAGGAAAUGUGAGUAACAACAUGUAUUUCAGAAGAAUGUUUUGACCUUAAACUGUGACUACUCUCAAGAAGGAGAGAACACCUACAAGCUGUGCAAGAGGAAGGCCAGAUGCUAUCUGUGAGUUUGUUUUCGUGGUUGCUUAUUGUGACCUGGUUGGUGAGCAGAAAGCAACUAAAUGCUUCAGGCAAUAAGCUCUAAUUUGGAGGGGGAACAGUGCAUGAGGAAGUGGCAACCCACAACUCUGGGGGAAUUAGUAUUUACACACCUUCUUUGCACUGCAGCCAAGUACAGUGGAGGAAUUUGCCUUUUUUUGUUGCACAAUAGCAAAUGUUAAUUUGUCUUCCAGAUGUGUGGGUCAGUUAGACCAUACAAAAGAUGACACAAGAGAGGGCAGAUAGAGGAUUGGUCACUUCAGUGUUCAACGCCAAGCUUAAAUUUGUCCUUUGUCCUUGAAAUUGAGCCAAAAAUGCAGUUUGGCACUUGGACCCAAAGGCUAUGUAGCAUCAAUAAUGCUACACUGAAUAUAGUCUAGUUUUAGCAAAAAGCAUCAGUUCAUAUUAUACACCCUGCAUAUCUCUGUUUCAGGGCAGAAAUAGGAGAGUCUGACACUUAAAACAUGUGAAAAAGGAGUAAUCAGGAGUUUGAAGAGUCACAGGUGUGUUGUGAAAUUUCCCAGGAUCCUAUUCUGAUAACUGAGCUGACUUUAAUUUUGUGGGUCCCAAACACUUUGAACUCCUAAGAAAGUCUUAGGGAGGUAAGAAACAUAGAAACAGUAGAAAUACUGCUUCUCAAGGAAGCAAAAAGUGGCAAAUUGCUCAGAGAGUCUUGUUCAGAUGGUUGUACCAUAUGCCCUGUCCUCCAGUGGGUGAAUAAUUGUUACUGUGGGGUAUCUUCAACUCACAGUGACUACCACGCUUGAUCUGAAUUAAGGUAAUACCUACAGUUGGUACAUUGCCUUUGUUUGAAGAGGCAGCCCUUAGAAUAUGACAGAAGACAUUUUAAGUAGUUUCUCUCUCCUCUGGCAUGUCCUUCACUACACUAUUCUAAACAUUUUUUAAUUCAACUUCACAAUGGUUUAUAAGGUAAAGAAAGAUUGUCAGUAUCUUACAGAAAAAAAAAAAGACAGAGAGGCAUGGAAAAUAGUAGGUAUGGAAACCUGGUGUCUUAGUCCUGAUCUAACAUCUUACUGCAAUACCAGUCUUUCUUCCACCACCACCUUUUUUUCUUUUGGAAAACAGAAAUCAAUGGAGAAUUGCAGAAGCUUAUUUUUCAUAGACUACACUGAUGAUACUGUUUACACUAGGAAAAAAGAGAGCUUUUCUCUCAAUAAAUAGCAUUCUGCUGUAAAGCAAUUUUCUUUACUACACUUGUCUGAAAAAUCUAAUGAAAAGUAGACCAACACUUAAUUCCAUUUGUUUAUAUGUACCUCUCUUAACAAAAAUGGUUUAUUAUAGGUCCUGAAUGUAAACGGCACAAAUCAAAUGUAGCUGCCUGCUCCAUCGAAAUCAAUUAGUUGUGUUUCAGCAUUUUUCUCAACAGCAGUCAUUCAUUUUGCAUGAUGCUCUUUCCUGAUAGCUGUCUGCUGACAGAGAAAGCUGUUCACCCUGUUGACAACAGGAAUAAGAUGAGGAUUCAUAUUUGCCUCCAUCAUGUUAAGUCUCCUCUAAUACAUUAGAAAGCAGGCCACUGGAAGUAGGUCUUUUGAUGGUGACAUGAAUCAGAGAAUUAAUAACCUGAGCCGGUUCCAAGAUGUACAGCAUACUUAAUCGAGGGGCUAACCCUAGACUGUGGGGACAUGCUUCUCAUGUUUUAGUUCUCUGUGCCUUUGACCCAACAUUGCAAAUUAUUUGCUCUGUAGCGGAACACUCAGCACAGCAUCGCUUUCGACCUAGUCUGCUUGAGUAAGAAAUUAAUACUGAGGUCUCCCACUUCCUCACUGAGUGCUUUCACCGAUAGACUAUUUAUAAAGGUGAUGCAGCUAAAAUGCCUUUCCUUUUGGCACAUAAAUGUUUUAUUUGAUCUAGCUUUUUAUCUCUCAGUAGACUUACACUCUCAUUCCACAAGGACAUUCUCUAUCUGGAAAGCAAACACAUGUCAAAUACUUGGAGGAAUAUUAGAAAUCCUGAAAAACCUCAGCCACUCCAGGUAAAUUCUAAAAGAAAGCAGCACAGCUGAACUAAGAAAACUAAGGCUUAAUCUUGUCUCUGGUGGGGAUGCCCUAUCUGAGACCACCUAUUCUGAUGUGUCUUUCAUCAGAUUUGGUGCAAACAGUGUGUGGAGCUGUUCUGUUGGGGCCCUUGCAGCUCUACUGAGAGGAACAAUUUCAAGUGUCCAGCAAAGAUUAGAGAACGGAAAUAUGUGCCUAUUGAAUCACUUCCCACUGGAGCAGACACACUCACCUUGUCUUUCUGUUGCCUUUUUGCACUCUUUAGACCAGUCCUUGCUUUCAGUCUGACUACCAUACACAGCCUGUGCUUGCUGUGCUUUACAUCCUAUGCCUCAGUGUCUGAUCUACAAAGGGCAAAUGACACUCUCCUCCUCUCAGCUCUGCUGGGAGGGUUCUCUGGAAGACUGCCUGUGAGGUGCUUCCAUGCUGUGCUAUGCAUAAGUACCUGUAGUGGAAUAACAGGAGUUACUACAGAUUCUUGACUGACUCCAAGCCACACAGUUUUAUCACCAAUAAAUGCUUGUGUGCAGAGUUUCAAAGUGUCUAUAAACGUGCAUUCCCUAAGGUUGACACUGAUUUGUUUACAUCAACAGCAAUUUCUGUAGGUAAUUAAAGGGAGACUUUUAGUCAAUCCAUCAGACACUACUUUGGUUUUGUCACAUGGCACAUCAGAGAAACAGGAUGUGUUGUUUUAACAACGCAAUUCACAAUAAAAGUGAUUAAAGAUUCCUGAUGACAUGUUUUUCUGUAAACAAACAAACAAAAAAAGCCAGUUUGAUGAAAUCUGAUCCUUCUUUAAAGAAUGUGUCUGGUUUACCCCAUAUAUAAUGGAAAUCAGGAGACCUUUAAUCAGCUUUUGUGGGCCCGACUGCUUACUGGCUUGGCUGGCUGGCUCCUGGGCAGACUGCUGGAUGAGGUGCCAGGAAGCCGAGACUUCCAGGCUCCUGGAUCCUGGGUAGCUCAGGCCCCUGGGUUUAUGGGCAUUCAGCUCUGAGUUCCAUUAUCUAAAUGCUUCAUAACCUUUGUUAUACUUAGUCUGUCAAUGCUUUUAUGCAUUAAGGAGAGAUUGUCAUGCCCUUUUUUCUGAUGAGAAACCAAAAGAUUAAGGCAUUUAGGUAGGUAAAUCUUAACAAGCUUCUACUUUAUGUGGAUCCUUCCAAUUGCAAACCCACCUAUUGAUUCUCAGAUACUUGCUAAGCUCCAGUGUAUAAAGUUCUACCUGUGCUUGAGAGUUCUGUUUCUGCCUCUGUGAAUGUCAUAGGUCUGCAGAACUUGCACAUGAAUCCUCUCAGGAUACGCAAACUGAAUGUGUCUCCUUUGCUUGUCUCCCUCUGGUAGGUAGCUCAUGCAGUUUGAACUUUGCAGAAUAAGGAAGAAGGAAGGCACUGCCUCCAGUUUGUAGGGAAGCACUAACAUUGCUACCCUUUUUUUAAGGACUGUGUUUGUGGUUUUAGUCACCAGUGCUGGAUUCACACUACCAUUUCUAGAUGCCUGUUUUUCCUGUGUGCUGAACAAGUACCCUCAGGGAAUAACUCUGACCUAUGAUUUAUACCCCAAAGGGGUGAACUUUUUCUGUACUCGUGGCAAAGUACAGAAAUCACAAAUACUACUUAAAAAAAAAAUUUGACCCAAGAUCCCCCAAAACUAGUCAUUGAAAUAACCAACCUUAUUUAUGGGUCAAGGCUCAAAUUCAGGAAAAAUUAGAAAAAAAAAUUAUAAGCCCAGGGAUCUUUCAUAUUUCCCAUUUCUUUUAGUGCAAGUCUCUCAGGAUACAGUUUGGAUCACUAGAUCAUCAUUUUCUCAGACUUUGAAGGUCACCUCCCUUGAGAUUACUGAACCUAUGCCUACCUAAUCCAGAAAUUACCUGGAAACUCAGUGAAAAUAAAGGUUGAAGAGUCAAGAAAUAGCACAGAUGAUUAAAACAUUAGGCCUGAUGGAAUCCCUAACUGGCAGUACUGUUGGGAACAAACAUUUGGGGCUACUCUGUGUAUUUUUCACGUACAGUAAUGACAAUAGGGGGAAUUUGAGUGCCAGGUGAAUGUUUUGUACAGAGGUGGGUUGCUGACAGUGUUUACCACCUUCAGAAGUGUCAGUCAAUGUCUAUCAAAUUCAUACUUUUCAUAAUAAGUAAUGGGAUUGUCCCCAAUUAUAGUCUUGAAGGGAAAAAAAAAGGAUUUAAAAGUAAUUUUAAAAAGUAGUCAUCCAUAGUAAAUAUCAAAGGAAAAGGAACCUGUCUGUUGAAGAGUUCAGCAGCAGUUCAUUCUUACCUAAUUCUGCCAUCUCCAGCUUAACAUAACUGAUAGACACAUAGGUUGAGGCUUCCCUCAGGUUACAAUGUUUUCAAAAAGUGGCAUAACAUUUUGUGUGUUAAAUAGAUUUCUGUUGCGUUAAAAGUUACUACUAAUUAAUCACAGAAAUUGCUUCCCCCCACCCCCCUUCUUUCAGAGAAGAAACAAACAGAAAAGAUAUUUAACAGGACUACAAGAAUAGCUGUUCCUUUUCUAUUUUGGUAAUGCAAAAAAAAAAGAAAAACCAAACAACAAAACCAAAAACCUAA